CUUUUCUCCGUGAAACUAUUUCACCUCUUCUACUCUCUAUUCCUCUAAUUCUCUUCCAUGGAGACGAAGCAGCCAUAGUGUGGGGUCGGAGCCGGAGCAGCCUGGGUCCACGGCAGAUUCUGGAAACUUCACACGAUGAAUCCGAUGGGGAUGCCUCCAUACGAUCCGGCCCUACCUCCUUGGGUCCCGCCACCGCCGCUACGAGCGCCGGCACCACCGCCGCCGCUUCCGUAUAUGCCCCCUCCCUCUGCUUCGUUCUGGACUUCGGCAAACGUCAGCAGCCGCCUCAAAGAACUUCACGACACUUUAAACCUCGCCAAAGCAAUGGAAAAAGAGAUGGAAAUAUUGAUUCAGAUGAAAGAAGAGGGUUUUGAAAUUAGUGAAAGCGAAGAUUUUGGCCGUCGCAACAUAUCUAUGAGUAGGUUUUCUAAAUUCAUGAAGGACAACUGCAUUGGAGUUGAAUUCCAGGAAAGUAUGACGUUGAGCGCUGUGAAUGCUGUGAUGUCGAAGCUGAGAUUUCUGCUGGAGCCAUUCAGGGUUGUUGCGGAUGAGAACAGUCCCUGGGAGGAGAAGUCUGCUUUGAAAAGGUUGGCUGACAAAGUGGAGAAGUAUAAAAGAAAUAAACUAUGGCGGAAAAGGAAAAGGAGGCGGGUAGCGGAGAAAUUAGCUAAGGAGUAUGAGCAAUUUGAAAAGGUAGAUAAGGAAGCAGAUGAAUGGAUGAGAAAGGAGAUGGCCAAAGACAUUGCUCAACACAAGGUAGUAAAGAUGGAGGAAAUAGCCAAGCUUAAGGCAAAAGAGGAGAAGAAAAGACUGGAAUCCGAGCUUGAGCUGGUGUUGAUUGUUGAAAAGCUGCAGGAACUACGUUCUCUCAGAGUACAGAAAAUGAAAAAACAAGGUCAUUUUCUUCCAGAAGAGGAUGACAAAUUUCUUGAACAAGUUAGAGCUGCAGUUGAGGAAGAAGAACGACGAUCAAUGGCUGCUGUGGAUACAGAUGCUGCUAAAGAUGCUAUUGCUACUAUUGAGGAAUCAAGAAAACACAUCAAGAGUCAUGCACCAGACGCAAAAGAACCGAACCUUGAAGAUGGUGGCUGUACAGAAACCCAAAAUCAAAAAAUUGAUACAGACAAUGAUAGAUCUUUAAAGAACACUGUCCAUGAUGAGUCUAGAAAACCUGAUGCAACUGGACCUGGUUCUGGCAGUAAUUACGAUUCUGUUGCUAAUUUGCCCAUGGAAUUUUACCACUAUUAUCAUGGUAGCAAUGCUGAUAUGGGCACACUCAUUGAGGUGAGAAGAACAUGGGAUGCAUACAUAAGACCUGGAGGAAGCCGCAUACCAGGGCACUGGGUUCAACCGCCACCUCCUGCAGAUGAGAUAUGGGCAUCCUAUUUGGUUAAACCUAAAUGAUCUUGACCUCGGAUAUGAAGCUGGCUUUGCUGUACUGCUGGUACGCCUAGCCAUUGGACGUCCUUCUUGGCUCUGAGCUGUCGAGAACUGAAAACGACGCCAGGCUAGGAGGUCUGGAUCUUGAUGGGAUAGAACAAGAAGAACGCCAAAGAUCUCAGAAGACAUUCCCUUCCUGGUUCUCCUCUCUCUCACUAGCAUUCGCUCCAAUUUAUAGAAAGGCCACUGUAGUGGAAUAGGCUAUUAGCUCUGCGUGAUUCUGUUCAAUUUUUGAGCAACAUCAACUAAGGAAUUCAAAGCCGCCACUGAGAUUACGAUCAUAUGCUAAGCAUGUUAUUAUUUGAAGGGUGUUAGGCUA